GUUAAUAUACGAGAGAGUGCGUUGAGUGGUUAUCUAAGUAUCAAGGGCUUAACUGUCGAAUAUCCGGAAUUGACGACAUUCUUUGAAGCCGAAAUUAUUGGACCCAAGUAUUCGUUUCACACUCGAAAAUGGCAAGCAGAUCAAAAGAGUGAUGCGGCACACUGGAGACGAUUUCCUUCUUUUGAGCCAUUUGUUGAUAAAUUUAACGAGGAUAAAUUUGUAUAUGAUGAAAAGGACAGUGAUUUUGUAUACAUGAGAUGGAAAGAGAAGUUUCUUGUUCCUGAUCAUCAUGUGAACGCCAUUCAUGGCGCAAGCUUUGCUGGCUUUUACUAUAUUUGUUAUCAGCGGUCACUUAAUCAAAUUAGGGGAUUUUAUUUCUUUCGCCAACAUAAAGACUGGUAUCAAGAAUUAAUAUUGGAUCAUGUACCUGAUCGAGGCUUUGGGCACUUUGAAUUUCGUUGA